GGGAGCUUGGAGCUCCUGGAGCUCCAGGAGAGAAAGGUCUUCCAGGAAAAAUUGGUCACUGUCUCAUUGGUUUACCAGGAAAACCAGGUCAAUGCGGAGUAAUGGGACCACAAGGGAUCAGAGGAACAGUAGGAGCCAAAGGAGAUCCAGGUAUUCCGGGAUUAGAUAUCCCAGGAUUUCCAGGACGAUUUGGACUUCCUGGAUUACAGGGCCCUGAAGGAAAUAAAGGAUUGCCUGGCAUCAAAGGACAACGUGGUAAGCCAGGAAUGCCAGGCACACCAGGUUUCAGAGGAGAAAGAGGUUUGAUGGGACACGUAGGUAGCCCUGGAUUGCCUGGUGCCUCUGGAAAACCAGGAAUCCCUGGAGGCAGAGGUUCUCCAGGCUUUCCAGGACCAAGAGGAAUGAAAGGAACUUUAGGAGAAAAGGGUGAACUAGGUGAUAAAGGUCCUCCUGGGCUAUCAGAAUCUAAAGAGAUCUACGGAGAUAAAGGAGAGAGAGGAAGUAAAGGACCUCCUGGAAGAACAGGACUCAAGGGAGAAAAAGGUCAGCAAGGUGUGCAAGGAUAUGUGGGUCCUGUUGGACCACCAGGUACUCUACGGCCACCAGGAGCUAAAGGAGCUAAGGGACUUUCAGGAAUUCCUGGAAUAUAUGGAUUGCCAGGAGUUCCAGGAGACAGAGGAGACAUGGGAAUGCAAGGUCCUAAAGGGCAGGAAGGUUCUUCAGGUUUGCCUGGAUCUCCAGGUGUAGCAGGCCCACCUGGCUUUCCUGGUAUUCCAGGGGAUAAAGGAGAACCUAAACCUGGUACUGGGCCUCCAGGAAACCCAGGACCUCAGGGUAAUCCAGGUCUUCUUGGAGAGAGGGGAAGAAAGGGGGCAAGUGGAUCACCAGGCCACCCAGGUCUUAUUGGAGUACCUGGACUACCUGGAAACAGAGGGGAUACUGGUUUACCAGGAAUUACAGGACAACCAGGACCUGUGGGUAGUAAAGGUAGCAAAGGUAACAACGGACUACCAGGACAAGAUGGUGUUAGAGGACCUCCAGGUCCAGUUGGAUGGCCUGGUGAAAAUGGAUUAGUUGGUGAAAAGGGUAAUCAAGGACAUGAUGGUACUUAUGGUCCACCUGGAGAAACAGGAGCACAAGGUUCCCCAGGGCAACAAAUUUCUGGCCCUAAAGGACUUCCUGGACCUAAAGGUAUCAAAGGAGAUAUGGGAGUAGCUGGUUCUCCAGGACUACACGGCAUUAAAGGUGUUAUGGGAGACCAAGGACCUAGUGGAUCUCCUGGUUUACCUGGACCACCAGGAAUUCCAGGAAAACCAGGGACAAUACUUAGCCUCAAAGGAAAUAGAGGUCCUCCUGGCCCAGAUGGAAAUCCAGGUGUUCCUGGUAGCCCAGGACCUGCUGGAGUCCCAGGCUACGGCAUAAAAGGAAACAAAGGUGUCCGAGGAACUGAUGGAAUUCCAGGCCCACCAGGAAUGAAAGGUGAUGAUGGCCCUCCUGGUAUGCCAGGAAUUGAGGGUACACCUGGCUAUCAGGGCUCUGAUGGUGAACUUGGCUUUCCAGGAUUACAAGGAAUAAAAGGAGAAAAGGGCAAUCAAGGACCACCUGGACCAACCGGAAUAGCAGGACCUCGAGGGCCAACAGGACUACCUGGCCAGCCUGGACCAUUUGUGAAAGCAGUUUCUUUCCCAGGAAGCCCAGGACCUGCUGGACCUCCAGGAAACCCUGGAAGCUCAGGAGAUCCUGGUCCCCGAGGGUCACCUGGUCCUCCAGGACCUCCUGGUAUAAUGGGCCAGUCAGGCCGUCAUGGUAUUCCAGGUAGAACUGGACCACUUGGACCCAAAGGAGAAAAAGGAUUUCAUGGGCAAAAAGGUUUACCUGGAUUGCUUGGAUCUCCUGGUAUAAAGGGACUUCCUGGAUUCCCAGGAAGCUACAUAACUAGUCCAGUGAAAAGAGGUUUCAUUUUUUCCCGGCACAGCCAGUCAACAAAAAUUCCUACAUGUCCAUCUGGGACAACACAGAUCUACAGUGGUUACUCUCUUCUUUUUGUACAAGGAAAUGAACAAGCACAUGGACAAGACCUCGGUACAGCUGGCAGCUGUCUUUCAAGAUUUACUACUAUGCCCUUUUUAUUAUGUAAUACCCAAGCGGUCUGCAGAUUUGCUUCUCGCAAUGAUUAUUCCUAUUGGCUGUCAACAGAAAAACCAAUGCCUGCAGAUAUGGCACCAAUUUCUGGAAGAGCUUUAGAGUCCUAUAUUAGCAGAUGCGUUGUCUGUGAAGGUCCAGCAAUGAUGAUAGCAGUCCAUAGUCAAAAAACUUCAGUUCCAUCCUGUCCUCAAGACUGGGAAUCCCUUUGGAAAGGCUUUUCUUUUGUUAUGUAUACAGGCGCCGGUUCAGAAGCUUCUGGACAAGCUUUGGCAUCUCCAGGGUCAUGCUUAGAAAAAUUUCGUGCCCUUCCAUUCAUUGAAUGUCAUGGCCGAGGAACAUGCAAUUACUACUCAAAUUCCUACAGUUUCUGGUUGGCUACACUAAAUUCAAGAAGAAUGUUCAAGAAACCAGUGCCACAAACUCUGAAAGCUGGAAAUAUGGAAAAUAUAAUUAGUCGCUGUCAAGUCUGCAUGAGAAAUCCCAACUGA